AUGGCGUCCGCCGCGCCCGCGCGCCACGUCCAUAUCGAGGCCCUGCAGACGGCGCUGCAGACGCGCGCGGUGGAGCCCGGGCGGGCGCGCCCCGUGUCCGUGGCCGCGGCGGCCCCGCUCCCUGCCGCCGCGCUGCAACGCCGGGCCCGCGUGGUGCUCUACUACCGCGCGGUCGCGGCCGCCGACGCGCCGGCGCCGUGGAGCCAGGAGGAGGCGCUCCUGGUGAAGGAGUCGCUGAGCGAGGCCGUGGCCGACCACCCGGAGAUGGCGGGCCGCCUCCGGCGCCGCCGCGCGGACGGGUCCGGCGGGUCCAGCUGGGAGGUGAAGCUCAACGACACGGGCGUCAGGCUCGUGCUGGCCACCGUGGAGGCCGCGGUGGACGACUUCGUCGGCGCCGGCGUGAGCGAGGAGGACCGCGAGCGCAGGGAGGCCGCUCUCUCUGCCGUGGACCCACGUGGACGCCGACGAUCCCGAUAUGUGCGCCCUCUGCUUCGUACAGAGUGUACAUUUUUGGGCAACACUAGGGUGUUUAGUUGUGGCGACGAUAGCCGCUGGGGUCUCGUCGUACUCGGCGAUCGGGGUGCCGGUGUCUGUGGCGUCGGCGCCGGGGACCACGGGCUUGUUGCUAGCCCGGUACUCGGCCACCUUCCUCUUGAACUCCGUCACGCUGAUCCCCACCCACGGCUCAGCCGCGCCACCGGGCAGUCCCGCAGGGUCUCUGUACCGCUACCAACGGUGGCGGCGUCCACGACGGGCACCGUGGCCAGCGACGCCGCCCGCAUUGCCCUGAUGGCGUCAAUCACCUUGGUGCCGCCGGCAACUGCGCUUACACGGUUCCAGGGCGACGGGGGAUACGCCGUCGGCGUGAGCUGCGGCCUGAUGCUGUGCGACCCGCUGUCGCUGGCGCGGUUCCUGCUGUCGUGGGCGCGCACGCACGCGGCGAUGAAGGCGCGGAACAAGGUCGCCGCAAUUCCGAUGAUGCAGUACACGGGCUACUUCCAGCGGCCCAACACCAUGACCCGCCGCAUCAAGUCCGUCCCGCUCGACGCCUUCGCCGCGGACGCCGGCGGCGGCACCGAGACCACGCUCUUCAGAGCCUCCGGGGCGCCCGACCACCGCGCGCUCGCCAGGGCCUGCGUCGAUGAGGCCAGCGACAGGCUCGGCGCGGCGGCCAACAAGGUGUCGCGGCUCUCGCUGCUCGUCGUCGCCAGGGACGGUGUCGGGGACAACCCGAGAGGGAUGAGCGUGGAGACGUGCACCGCGGAUAGCCUGCCUGUCCCCGGCGGCUCUUCCGGCAACAAGCCGGAGGUUGCGCAGUGGCAGGACCUCGGGCUGGAGGAGUUUGCGCUCCGGGAGAGCAAGCCCGUGCACGUGUCCUGCAGCAUCGUGACUGGCGGGGAUGAAGAAGGGCUCGUCGUCGUGAUGCCCGAUGGCAAAGGGUUUCUGGUCACGGUGACUAUACCCAAAUAG